UGGGCCCGCAGAGGCAGGAAAUCGGGGCUGGUCCCGGGCGGCGGUCAGCCCUGUCCCAUCUCAGCUCCACCGCGCCUUCCCUACUCCACCCCCUGCCCCCGGGCCUCGCCAUGGACGCAGCUGAGACAGACUUAACCCCAGCUCCCGAGGGCAGAAAGAGGUACAGUGACAUCUUCCAGAGCCUGGACAACCUCGAGAUAUCACUGGGGAACGUGACUUUCGACCACCUGGCUGGAGACCUUGUACUCAGAGAGGACCUGGAGCCUGACAAGGCUGCCACAGCCACAGUGGUGACUGAGGAGAGCAAUGAAGCCAGUUGUUGGAGUGAUCCCUCCCCAGAAGGUCCUGUACCCCUCACAGAGGAAGAACUAGACCUGCGACUCAUUCGGACCAAGGGUGGUGUGGAUGCUGCCCUAGAGUAUGCCAAGGCAUGGGGCCGCUAUGCCAAGGAGCUGCUGGCUUGGACAGACAAGAGAGCCAACUAUGAACUUGAGUUUGCUAAGAAUAUCAUGAAGAUUGCUGAGGCUGGCAAGGUGUCCAUCCUCCAGCAGAGCCAAAUGCCACUCCAGUACAUCUACACCUUGUUUCUGGAACAUGACCUCAGCUUGGGAGCCCUGGCCAUGGAAACGGUGGCCCGGCAGAAGAGAGACUACUACCAGCCUCUGGUGGCCAAAAGGAUGGAAAUUGAGAAGUGGAGGAAGGAGUUCAAGGAGCAGUGGCUGAGGGAGCAGAAGCGCAUGAACGAGGCGGUGCAGGCACUGCGGCGCUCCCAGCUCCAGUACAUUCAACGCAGAGAGGACCUGUGGGCACGCUCCCAGGGGUCCCCUGAGGACCCUCCUCCCCAGGCGUCUCCCGGAUCCAGCAAGCAGCAGGAGCGUAGACGGCGUUCCCGAGAGGAGGCGCAGGCCAAGGCACGAGAGGCAGAGGCUCUGUAUCAGGCUUGCGUCCGGGAGGCCAACGCGCGCCAGCAGGAUCUGGAGACCACCAAGCGGCGCAUAGUGUCACAUGUACGCAAGCUGGUGUUGCAAGGAGACGAAGUGCUUAGGCGGGUGACCCUGGGACUGUUUGAGUUGCGAGGCGCCCAGGCUGAGCGAGGACCUCGUGCCUUCUCUGCGCUGGCUGAGUGCUGUGCGCCCUUUGAACCUGGUCAGCGCUACCAGGAGUUCGUGCGGGGGCUGCAGCCCGGGGCCCCGCCACCGCCAUCUCCCGCCUUCUGCUUCCAGGAGGUCGCGCCUGUGGUGCACAGUUCCCCUCAGGACACAAAAAAGUUUUCAGGGCCCUUACCUCCAAAGCUGGAGGAGGGUUCCUCUGAGCCUGGCCCUUGGGAGGAUGCCAGCUUAGGCAGCCAGGGGAUUCCAGGCCCCACUCCAGGCAGUGAUGUGGACAGUGUAGGCGGUGGCAGUGAGUCCCGCUCCUUGGAUUCUCCUACUUCCAGCCCAGGCACUGCCACUCGGCGGCUUGUGAAGGCGCCAUCUACAGGCACAGAGUCCUCCGAUGACUUUGAGGAGCGAGACCCUGAGCUGGGGGAUGGGUUGGAGAACGGAGUAGGCAGCCCCUUGAGGAAGUGGAUACUGUCCACAGCCGCUCAGACCCACCGGCUACGGCGGCUGCGAGGCCCAGCCAAGUGCAGAGAAUGUGAAACCUUCAUGGUCAGCGGGAUGGAGUGUGAAGAGUGCUUUUUGACCUGCCACAAGCGCUGCCUGGAAACCCUCCUCAUCCUCUGUGGACACCGGCGGCUUCCAGCUCGGAUGCCUCUCUUUGGGGUUGACUUCCUACAACUCCCCAGAGAUUUUCCUGAGGAGGUGCCCUUUGUGAUUACCAGAUGCACAGCUGAGAUAGAGCACCGUGCCCUGGGCCUGCAGGGUAUCUAUCGGGUCAGCGGGUCUCGGGUGCGCGUGGAGCGGCUGUGCCAGGCCUUUGAGAACGGCCGAGCACUGGUGGAGCUGUCGGGAAACUCUCCUCAUGAUAUCACCAGUGUCCUCAAACGAUUCCUUCAGGAGCUCACUGAUCCCGUGGUCCCCUUCCACUUCUACGACGCCUUCAUCUCUCUGGCAAAGACCCUGCAUGCAGCCCCUGGGGACGACCCUGGGCCCCCCAGCCCCAGCCCUGAGACUAUCCGCUCGCUGAAGACCCUCUUGGUGCAGCUGCCUGACUCUAACUACAGCACCCUGCGGCACCUGGUGGCCCAUCUGUUCAGGGUAGCCGCUCGGUUUGAAGAAAACAAGAUGUCUGCCAACAAUUUGGGAAUCGUAUUUGGGCCUACGCUGCUGCGGCCACCAGAUGGACCCAGGGCCACCAGUGCCAGCCCUGUGGCCUGUCUGCUGGACUCCGGUCACCAGGCUCACCUUGUGGAGUUCCUCAUUGUGCACUAUGAGCAGAUCUUCGGGAUGGAUGAGCUCCCGCUGGCCUCUGAGCCCCUGAUCCAAGACCCUGGCCUGGCUCCUUCACUCCUUGAAUCCACUCCCCAGCACCCGGCCCCACUUCUUGCCCAAGACACACAGUCUCUGACCAGAGCCUCAGACUCUAGCCCAGACCCCAAACACCACAGUGCCCUGGAGAAGCGUCCCGAGAGCACACCUCCUGAGACUGCAACUCUGCAGAUGGACCAAAGGGAAGAGGAGGAGGAGGAGGAGGAGGAGGAGGAGGAGGACAUCAGAGAUGGGGAAGGGCCCAGCCGCAACCCUGAGGACUUACUCCUGGGACCACAGUCCCGGGGCCACUUCAGCCGCCAGCCGGUGAAGUAUUCCUGGGGAGGUGUACGGCCAGUCACACAUCAACUGUCCAGCCUGGCUCUGGUGGCUUCCAAGCUGUGUGAGGAGACUCCUGUCACUGUCUCGGCAGUGCACUAUGGUAGUCUGAGGGGACGAGGCCUGGGCCCUGCUGCCACUCCCCCUGAAGGCAGCACCAUGCGACGGAACCCUCUGCCUAAGCACUUUGAGAUCACCCAGGAGACAGCCCGGCUGCUCUCCAAGCUGGACAGUGAGGCUGUGUCCAGGGCUACCUGUUGCACUGACCCAGAGCCUGAGGAAUCUGAGCAUCUCUGACUACCUGAGGGACCCAGAAUUGAGUCGAAGGCCCUAUGUAUCUCCCUACCUGCCCCCACCUGGUGACCAAACUAAUCCAGUGGGGCGUGGGGAGAGAUGGGGUUAUCAGUGAGCUCACGGAAGGAAGACUGAGCAGCCUGUGGAAGUUCUAAGACUCUUGAAGUGUACCAACAUCUCCCUGCCAGGGCGGUAUAAAACAGCAAGGUGGCACAGGUGCUGGCGACUCAGGGUGACACUCAGUGGUCAGUACAGGCUGGAAGAUCCUUGGGGUCUACCCCGGUCUCUGCCUUCUGAGACAGUAUCUGACUUCUAUCACAGUUGGAUUCCUGGCCCUGCUGCCACUUACCUGCGGGCUGAUUCCAGGUGAAUAGGUCGGUGCAAUCAGCCCCAUCACCUUCUUUGAUUACUUACUUUCUUUCUUUUUUUGUUGUUUGUUUGUUUUGAGACAAGCUUUCAUUAUGUAGCUCUGGCUGGUCUGGAGCUCCUUUUGCAAACCAGGCUGGCCUAGAACUCUCAGAAAUCCUCUGCUCCCAAGUACUGGCCAAGUCUCAGUUCUUACAACCUCUCAAUGAAACCAUAUUCUGCAGCCGGUGGGAUGGCUGAGCACAAUCUUCCAGACCGGUGUGGUGGAAGGAGAGAACCCAGUCCUGAAAAUUGUCUGAAAAUUUAAUUAAUUGUUAACUUUAAAAAAAAAAAAAUCAGACUUGUGGUGACACGCCUUUAAUCCCAGGCAGAGGCAGGCGCAUUCCUGAGUUCAAGGCCAGCCUGGUCUACAGAGUGAGUUCCAGGACAGCCAGGAGAAAAACCCUGUGUCAAAAAAACUAAAAUAAAAUAAAUCCAGUA